AUGAAAGUAUUAAUAGCAUAUCCAUUUACAACAAAUGGAAUACGUGUUCUUCAUCAAAUAAUUUAUUUACCAGAAUUAGUACAAAGUGAACAAAGUCUUCUUAUUGCAAUACGUGAGCAUCAUCCAAAUGUUAUUAUUGUUGGAAAUAAUUCUGUUGGAGAAAAAACACUUGAAACAUGGCGUUCAAUUAUGGGUGAUAAUAUUCCAUUAACAUUGAUUCGACGAGGUUCAUCACUUUCUCGUAUUAAAAUUGAUCGAGCUAAACAAUUAAAUAUAAAUGUAUUAAAUACAUUAAGUGUUAAUUCUCGAUUUGUUGCUGAAUAUAUGAUUGAACAUCUUAAUUUAUCAAAUAAUAAAGAUAAUUUAAUAAUUGCCAUAAUUGGAUCAGGUGCAAUUGGAAGACGAGUUGCUUAUCGUUUAAAUCAAAAACAUCACAUAGUAAAUAUCUAUAGUCCAUCAUUAAUCGAACCUGAUGAAUAUAUUCGAAAAAAAAUUCAAAAAGAAAAAGGUAUUGAUUUACCAGGUAUCCAUAUUUAUAAUACACCUGAAGAAACUGUUCAAAAUGCUACUCAUGUUAUACUUGCUGUUGAUGCAGAUAAAGUCAAAGAUGAUAACGAAAGAUUAUCUCAAGAAUUCUUUCAAUUAAUACCAAAUGGAGCAAGAAUUGUAUCAGUUACAGAAUUUCAUGUAUUUGUUCGCGGUGCACUCAAUAUUCUUAUUGAACGUAUUAAAAAAGGCGAACUAACUGCUCAUUUAGAUUCUCAUGCAUAUGAUUUAUCUGAAAUAAAAGAUCAUCCAGAUGGAUUAGUUACUAUAUCUGCUGCUAUGAAAGGACGUGGUUGUGGAGAAGUUAUGGAUCAAGCUGCUCUUGUUGUUCUUGCUAAUAUUGCACUUGAACAAUCAUUAAAUUCAUCAUUAAUAUUUCCAAGAAAUUCUCAAGAAAAAACUGAAGAUAUAACAAUUAUUGGUGCAGGUAUAAUGGGUUUAGUAACUGCUUUAUUUCUUUGUGAAAAUGGUUAUAAAAUAACUAUUAUUGAUGAACAUAAUCGUCCGAAUUUAAAAAAUGAUUUUAAUGAAAAUGAAAUAUCUUGUCGUGGUCCAACACUUGAUGGAUGUGAUGCAAGACAUGCAUCAAUUACAGAAACAUUACCUCAUGCUGUUUUUUAUCGAAUAAAUAGUUUAAUUAAAUAUCCAAAUGAUCAUGGUGGAUGGAAAAUUAUACCUGAAAAUUUUUCUAAUGAAGAAAAACCUUGGAUUGAAAGAUUUUGUGAACUUGCUGGUCAUCCUGAAUUAGUUGUUUAUUUAUUUAAUAAAUUUGUAUCAAAUUUAAAUAGAUGUGGAAUGGAAUUAUGGGAAAAUAUAUUUCAAAAUUAUCCUCAAAUAGCUAAAAAUUGUGUUAAAAAUCAUCGAAUUAUUCGUGUAUGUCCAUCAUUAACUUUAUUAAAUGUUGUUUCACAAUUUCAAACAAAAUAUCAUAAUAAUCAAGAUAAUUUACAAAGAUUAACACAUGCACAAGUUUUACAAAGAAUUCCUAGUCUUAUACUUAAAGAUGGUGAUGCAGGUGGUAUUGAUGUACCUGGUUUUACUGUUAAUCAUCAACAUCUUUGUUCAAAUAUUAUACAAUAUUUAGAAACAAAACAAAAUGUUAAAUUUCAAUGGUCAACACAUAUUCGUUCAAUUGAUGAUAUAUCAUCUUCAAAAAUAAUAUUUGCUUCUAGUCUUAAUGGAAUUGAUUGUCGAUUAUUAGAGAAUAUACCUUUAGCUAUUCAAGGCGUUCUUGGAUGUUGGACAAAAGUUCCAAAUAUUAAUUCAAUAAAAAUUGGUUUUAAAAUUAUGGAAAAAGAACCAAUUGGUGUUAUUAAUGUAACACCAAGUGAAGAUGAACAACAUUUAUAUAUAACAGGUGGUUUUGCUUUUUGUGGUCAUCGAGGAAUUGUUCAAUCAAAAUAUCUUGAUCAAUUAAUUGAAUUAUUCAAUUCAACAAUACGAAAUUAUUUACCUGAUGAAGUUGAAGCAAGUGAAUCAAAAAGUCAUCCAACGAAAUUUUGUAUUCGUCCAAUGACACCAGAUGGAAUGCCAAUUAUUCAAGAAUUUUCUUCUCAAAAUAAAAAACAAGAUAUUUAUUUUAUUGGAGGAACAAAUUCAGCAGGAUUUGUUCAAUCACCAAUAUUAGCAACACUUCUAUUAGAUUUAUUUAAAGGUACAACAUCUGAUUCAAGUCUUUGUCAUGUUUAUAGAUCUUUACGUCUUGAUAGACAAACACUUAUAUUUAAUUCAAAUUCAACAGACUAA